ACCACCUCAAUGUAUGGAAUGAUCUGUCUGGAUGGCAUGCAAAACAAAGCUUUUCAGUGUAUCUCGGUACACGUGCCAAUAAUAAACCAAUUACCAGUGAAUCAUGCGCCUCCCAACACUUGCUCAGAGAUGCCGGGAUGGAGGCGGUGUUUGGGGAGAGAUGACAACGUCCUCCAAGGCACAGACCGCAGCUGCAACAGAUUGGCCUCCUCCCUCCUCACCGACCCUCCUCCGCUGCUGCCGCACGGACACGUCGCCAGGGUGUAGUUCACAGGGCAGUGAAGGGGGAGAGGGGGUUGUUACAGAGGAAGGUUGUGGCCAUUUCUCCGCUGGGCCUGUUGACGCGCGGGCGCGGAGUCCGGGAGCUUCCCCCGUAACCUGGGGCAACGCGCGCCCUUUGACCCGGUGGAGCUUGUUGGCGGCCGGAGGCGGUAAGAUGGCGGCAGCGGACUGAGGGGAGAUCGGCCGUCGGUCGGGGAGCGGCGGAGCUCGCUGCAGAGCCGCGGUCACCAGCCGCCGUCAUGUCGAUGGAGGAUCCCUUCUUCGUGGUGAAAGGUGAAGUGCAAAAAGCAGUGAAUACUUCCCAAGGACUGUACCAACGAUGGACCGAACUCCUGACUGAUCCCUCUUCAGCCAGCAAGGAAGAGUGUGACUGGACAACCAAUGAGCUGAGGAACAGUCUGCGUAGUAUUGAGUGGGACCUGGAGGACCUUGAUGAGACUAUUAGUAUCGUGGAGACAAACCCUCGCAAGUUUAAUCUCGAUCCAGCAGAGCUGAGUAAAAGGAAAGCGUUCAUCACCAGUACAAAACAAAUUGUAAAGGAAAUGAAAGAUCACAUGUCCAGUUCUUCGAUGCAAGCAUUGGUGGAACAGAAAAACCGGCAGGCACUGCUGAGCACCAGGGGAAGCCAGAGACCAAGCUCCACUUCAGAUAAAUACAGCCGACUUGAUCAAGAACUGCAAACAGUGAAUUCUCAGUUUAUUGAGGACCAAAACAUCCAACAGCAGUUGAUCGUGGAGCAGCAGGAUGAUCAGCUGGAGUUGGUUUCUGGCAGCAUUGGAGUUUUGAAGAACAUGUCGCAGAAGAUCGGCCAUGAGCUGGAUGAGCAAGCAGUUAUGCUUGAUGAGUUCUCCUAUGAGUUGGAUAGCACACAGUCACGGAUGGAUAAUGUAAUGAAGAAGCUGGCCAAAGUGUCCCACAUGACCAGUGAUCGACGGCAGUGGUGUGGAAUCAUCGUUUUACUGAUCAUCCUGGUUGUGGUGCUGAUAUUGUUCUUUGCUCUCUAAGUCAGUAGUCUCUGACCUGAACUGUUUGUGCAAGAGAUGAAUAGAGGAGGAGGGAGUGGUAAGAGGGAGGACAGAAGAGGAGCCUGCCACUCUCUGGUGCUACAAUCUGGGUUGGCCGGGCCCUGGGCCUUUGGUUGCUGAGUAUGAAGAGUUUCUGCACCCCAUCCAUCUUCCUAGCAAUCACUGUUGUAUUUUUCACCUUCGGGGUCACCACUGAAUGUCUCUUGAUUUAUUUUUAAAUUGUUCAUUCACAGAAAUGCUGAGGGAUUUAAGCAGGGCCAUAUGAACGUUGGAAGUACAGGGUUGCACCUAACACUGUUCCCCACAGGAUAGAAGAAUAUUGUUUUCCUUGGACUUGGGAAAGAGGGUUUCAGGGCCUUUGACUUCCUAGUAAGUUCAUAUUUCUCCUGCACAGUGCCCUUGAUGGUUUGGGUGUGUAAAGAAGGCUGCCGGGUACACUGCUGGCCAAGCAAACCACAAGACCCCAGUUUUAUUGAUCUGUCCAGAGUCAGCUAAUCGCAAUUGGUCACAGGAUCAGUAAAAUCAAGACCAAAUUCCUGCUUUCAUCUGGAGUAUGUGCAGAUCAAAGGUAUGGCCAGGAUUGUGCUGGGCUGUGGUGCUUUCAGUAGUUAAACAACUUGUGCAACAAACAACAGUUAUUCAUCUACUGAAAGCCAUGGUCACUGUUAUCUCUCUGAUUUCCCCGACCCCAUCAGCUUUCAGUAGAGGAGAGAGGAAUCCGUGAUUAGGUUUAGAUCAUGUCCAGUAAAUUCUGUGAGAAUUCACAGCGCAGAAACUCCUAGCAUUAACUGCUCCUCUUGGGGAAAUGUUUCCUUGGGUGCUAUGAGGGAACAAAAUGUAUGAUGGGGUCACAGGUAGCCACUGAGGACCAGGUGUUGGACUAGUAUGGUGCAGCCCAUUAGUUUUUAGUUUCGGGCAUCAGGACUGAAGAACUUGGGACUGUCUGCAACAGUCUCACAUUUGUGUAGUGGCUGACCCACCCCUGCUUGUCUCACUAUGCACAGGCUGAAUGGGUAAUGAGUUCACAACUGUGGAACCACCUUGGGCUUGGAUAAAUGCUAUUCAAGAGUCGUAUUAAAAGUACUUCUUGUUCUUGGGCUUCUGUGCACUGUGGCAUUUAUCUGCAUUGGCAUGUGAUUGUGUUAAAUGUAUUGCCUGACUCCCAUACAUUUGAACAGCAACAAAAUUCCCAUAGAGCACAUUCUUUUAAAAUUAUGUGGAAUGGAAUAUGGGGGUGAGAUAGGAGGGAAGGAAGAGUCCCCAAAAUGUGCAGAUGGAAUAUCCUAUGCUCAUAAGAAUUCAAGUAAAUAUUGUCAGUAAAGUGUCAAUUUUCAAUAAGUUACUCCUUGGUAACCUCAACCAACUCUUUUUGUUGUCCUUCAUCAUCCCCACCACAAAACCAUCUUUCCUACAAGUUCAGAUAGGUCAUAGGUGCCUCUGUUGUAUUGCUUCCCAGAGCAGUUCUUUAGAUGAAAGUGGAUUAACACAGAAUAGUUCAAAGCAAACCUUUACACUGUCGAUGCUCUGCAAUUGUCACUGUCAAGAUGUUCUUACUGUUAAAUUUUAUCUCUCUGUGGCACAUGCACAUUGUACCUUCAAUUUGCACUGAUGAUGGUGCCAUAUUUGCUACUCUACAGUACUUAUUCCAAACUAAGCUGGUGUCUUUUGGCUGUCACAUAGUGCCGGAGUCUCCUUUCUCCCCAUAGGAGACAGCCAGAGGUAACAAUUCCACUGGCUAGUAAAUGCCACAUAAUGAACCCUUCAUUUUCUUAUAAAAACCAGUUGGGUCUGUAGGCUUCCCUUUCUCUCUGUGAAUAAUUUACACAAAGUCUGAACAGCACUCCCCCUCCUCUAAACCCUGUGCAGAGAUGAACUGUUGCAGGUUAGGCAGUGAGCUUAUAUCAGCAUAACAUUAGAAAAGCUGAUAUUUGCCUGUGCCCUGGGACUUUGAGGGAAAAGGAGCCAGACAGGCUGCCCACUGCAGACUGUCAGCCUGUAGUGCUGCAGGUGUGAACGUACCCAGCUGUCUGUAAACCCCAUUGAGAUUGGGCUCAUCCAGCAGAUAAUCAGAGGCUGGGUAGCUGCAGCAAAAGGAACAAUAAUUGAAUUGGAGGUUGGGGAGAAGAUAAAGAAUCUGAAGGAGAGUUUUAAUUAGUUAGACUAAAGAUAAAUCUGAUCAAGCUCUUUGAAAUGUUGAAGAACUUGAUAGGAGGACACUGCCUGGAAAUGCUUGUACACUUGUGGCUACAGCAGCAGUGGGUGCAUGGCCAUUUUGGGUUUCAGGACCUCGUGCACCAGACAUUUUCAUUGUUAAAAUGUCCCAGGCCAAGGGCGACAGGUAAGGUCAGUGUAGAGGAAAUCCAGGGCUAUGCUCCGGCCUCAACAGUUUGAGGUAGUUGAAAAUGCCAUAACUGACAUCGGUGGGCUUGUUAGGUAGGGCUGUGAAGUAAUUUGGGUCGAUGGAAAAGAAAUGCUCAACAACCAUCGUCUAAUUGAACAGUGGAACAGACCUAAAGGCCUAACAGGCUCCUGCUGCUAGUUAUUUUUUUAAACCAAGAAAUAGGUGAAAAUUUUUAAUUUUUCCAAUACAGUACUAGUAUGAGACAUGUUCAGAUGUUUUUAAAAGAAAGACUUAUUAAGGCAGUUAUGUAAUAACAGGAAUAUUUAAAUCAUUGAAAAUAUUUUGCUGUUCCAAACUGGCCGAUAUGAUGUUGAGAUGUUCCAGAUAUCUCUGGAUCAAAUGUUCAAAUCAGACUAUUGUACUUAUGGUUUGAUGUUAUCCUGCUGAAUCUCAGUUCAGGAAUUGAUAGAAGUUUCACAAGAAUGAAGUACUGACCAGUAACACCGACCCUCUAUAGAUUCCUAAUGCCAGUUGGAGAUUUGGUUGCUCACUUAGACCGUGAGGAGGCAGCAGCAUCUGCACACCCGACACCACUUUGCAUGAAAGGAAUUUGACGGAAUAGAGAUAGCCAUCAGUCAUUCUGACGUGUGCGCGCUUUAGGCUUGAUCAGUAUUUGCCCUCAACCAAUUGCUUUUUUGGGAGGGUCUACUAACAAUUCUCAAACCAUCAUCAUCCACUAGGGCUUGACUAAUUUGUACUUGUUGGCCUUCUCUGUUACAUAGCUGUCAGUUAUUGCUCACUGGUAAGGCUAUGCAAUUGAGUUCCACUCUAUAAGACCUGAAACCAGUGCAAUACUGAGGGAGGAACACGCUGUCCACAAGCCACCUUUCAGGGGAAACAUCAAAAUGAGGUCCUAUCUGUCCUUUUGGAUAGAUAAAGAUACAAGAUCCCACUGCACUGUUCUGAAGAACAGGGGAGAAAUGAACCAUGGCAGCCCGGCCAGUUUUAUUCCUUCGUGGGGGAAUAAACCCAAUUUUCUGGUCAUCGUUGCAUUGUUGUUUUGGGAUCUUGCUGUGCACACAUUGCAUGCCAUAAUUCCUACAUUACAACAGCAACUGCAGUUCAAAAGUACCUCAUUGGCCAUAAAGCGCUUUUGGUUGUUUUUAAAUUGGUGAAAGGUGCUAUAUAAAUGCAAAUCUUUACAAAUUACUUUGUGUUUUCUGAUUUUCAUAUAAACGAUGAUGUGAUUUACAAAUAAACUGUGCAUG